UUUGUAUUAUGUUAUUGGGAGGGAGUGACCGUCUGCUGCUGUUAUGGAGCACAGACUAUACUUGCUACUGCUCUACCUCGCCACGGUGAACGCCAAUCUGUGCAACAACCGCACGUUGGGUUCACAGCCGUACCCGCACGACUGCCGCACGUACAUCGUAUGCUGGCUGUCGAUGCCUUACCUCAACACCUGCCCCCAGGACUUGAUGUACGACACCCAGACCAAUAGUUGCCAACCAACGCAUCUGACGAUAUGCUGCAACAUAACAUUUCCAACUACAACCGAACGUACACUGCCCUCUCUAUCCCCUGUUACUACCAAACCCUCAAGUAUUUCCCCUAGUAAUCCCAUUAUAACUACAAAGCGUAAUUUACCGCCCAUUCCUACAAAAAGGCCAUCUUUACCUACCACCUUAACAUCUAGCAAAGUAAAUAUGCAAACAUCAAAAUUACCUAUAUCAGUAACACCUUUUACAUUAACUAAUACAGUAACAGAGACAUUUGUAACAGAAAUACCAUCCACAGCAAUGAUUACAGCAAAAUCACCUAUCACAGGAACUCCUGUUAAACCUAAUACCAUAACAGUUUCAGCCAUAACAGAAAUACCUACCACGAAAAUUCCCAUUACAUCUUUAACAGUAACAGAAUCAGAAAAAAUAGAAACACACACUUUAGCGACAGCACUACAUCCUGCUAAACCUAGUACAGUAACAGAAUUAGUGUUAACCGAAAAACCUACCACAUUAUCUUCUGUUGAAUUAAGUAGAGUAACAGAGACAGUAACGCCUAUUGUUGCUACUGACAAACCUAGUUCUGUUACAGAUACAGUAAAUACUGAAUUACCUACCGAAUUUACUCCCAGCACAAUCACUUCUUCUUUAAUACCUUUAACUACUGUCAAUAAAUCUAAAUUCUCAACUAAAAAGUCUUUAGCUACUAAAAGCAAAUCAAAUACAGUAACAACAUUUGUCACAGCUCAAUCAGCAACUGAUUCAAGUAUUACUGAACCUAUAACAAUAAUAUCUAAAUCAACAACUUAUCAACCAACUUCAAAAAAAUUUCUAACUACUAAUAAAAAUUUAACCUCGACAUAUUCUCAAACUAUCCAAUCCACGACUGAUUUUUUACAAAUAACUUCAACCCAUCCACCGGCAACAGAUAACACUUCAACUGGUUAUGUUCAAUCUACGACCGAUUCAUUAAUUAUAAAUACUACUGUUUUACCAACUUUAAUAACAAGUUCUUCUAGACCACCAAUAUCAACAACUAUUUCUGAACCUACUACCUAUACCUACCCAAAACUGUCUAUAGAAUCAGAAAUUUCUACCUUACCAGAAGAAAGCAUACAGCCAUCUACGAGUAAUAUAACAGUAACCUCCGCUCUUUCACAUAUUUCAACCAAAUAUACUUCGAGACCAUUAAUGACUACAAUUACUGAACCGAUAUUAACUCAAGAACCUGAAAUAACUGCUAUAACAGAAGAAAGUAUGACUAGCAUAACGACACGACCAACUUCAAGUAUAACAAUAAUUUCAACAAUAGCUGGCCCUAAAACAACUGUGGAACCGCUAAAUACGCAAAUUUCCACUGAGAAGUCACCUGUAACUCCACCUAAAACAAAAAUAACUGAGCCGAUAACAAAAAAAGAUCAAGUCAUUACAACAUACAGACCAUCUCUACCAUCUGCAACUUCAACUGCUAGUGAAUCUUUACCUAGUGUAACUAGGCCUACUGUAUUUGGAUCAUCAACUGUAACUAGUUCUGCAACAAAAACAAUAGAAUUGGUAAAAACAACAUCUCUCUCUUCUAUAGAAGAGCUGAUCCUUACAACAAAAGUACCAGCCUUACCGCCUAUACCAACAAAAACUACUAGUAAAAAUUGGAUAACUGAAUCUUCUUCUGCAACUAACAUUGCAUCAGAAACUUCUAAAUCUUUAAACACAGCUCCUUUAUCAACUAUAAAUGGACUGAUUACAACAACAUUAGCGCCAUCUACUACAGAUAUUACAACCAAUGUUUCCAUAACUAAAACAAUAGCUUAUACUACUCCUAUUACAUCAAUAACGUCAGAACCCAAGUCAACUCAUACACAAACAACAUUAGAAUAUAGCAAAACACCUCAAAUUACUAGCAGACCAACAAUACCAACUAUAACUAUACUAAGUUCUAUGCCUACAAAACCCAUCUCAUCAACAUAUCAACCAGUUACUGGAAUAGAAAAUAUAACGCCGACUAAUACUUUUACAACUGGAAUAGUGCCAAUCUCAAAUUCUACUUCAAAGAUGAAUAAUAUCACGGCAACAUCCGAACCUAUAACAACAACCAUAGAAACACUAACAAGCGAACUAACCACAACAACAGAUCUUACAGCUAUGCCUCCGCUACCGCCUAUAAUAGAAACAACUACAAACCAAGUCUCAACGAUAACUGAAGGGACAAGAACAGAAAAAACUAUACCAAUAUUGGAACCCGUUUCAACAACUGAACCGCAGACAACCACUGAAAUUGAUACAAUACUUCCAAUUCAAGUAGAACCAUCCCUACCACCUAUAACGUCAUCUACCGUGGAACCGAUUUCUAAAAUAGAUAUUACGACAACUUCGUAUCUUGAAUCGAAGACUAAUCUCUUACCUAUAACUACAAUCACUUCUAUGCCAUCCUCAACAAUAUCUUAUACAGCUACGACUGAAUCUGUAUCACCAACAUUGGAACCAGCAACAGUACCACAAGACACAAAAAUUUCUCAUCUGCCACCUAUAAUGAGUACAAUAACCUCAAUGCCAAUCUCAACUGCAACAAUAACCUAUGGUUCAUUAGAAAAAUCAAAUCCUCAAAUAACUUCCAAAAGUCCACCUCAUACAGCAACAUCAGCGAUUCCUUUAUCGACAUUAAUUGAAGUGCAAACACUGCAACCUACUACAGUAAAAGAAACAACAAUAAAUGAGCAUACAACAAAUCCUAAAAUUACAGUAAAUCCUUCCCUACCACCCAUAACAAUGACAACUGAGGCACACAUUUCAACCACCAAUGAAACAUUAGCUACAAUAGAAAAUAUGGUACCCAAAAUAACUAACCCCUUUCCACUACCUCCCGUAACUAUGACGACAACAAUGCCUGAAAUUACAACAAUAUUGGAACCAGCGACAGCAAGCGAACUCACAAAAACAAUGCAUAUUCCAACCAAACCACUCUUCCCACCAUUUACAAUAACUUGUGUGGAACCCUCGCCAACGUAUACACCUAUUACAUCAACCACUACGGAACCAGCCACAAAAACAUUUGAACCAAUAAAAACAACACAAUAUACAACAACAUUGAAACCAGUGACUUUUACUGAACGAGAAACUCUCAAACCUACUACUAUAGAAUCUAUUGAGUCUUUACCAUCUUUUUUAACUAUAUAUUUACCUACUGGUACAACUUCUAGUAAAUCAGUUACAAUUAUUUCUUCACCAAACACAAAAGAAGAUUUAAUUAUAAAUGAGAAAUCAUCAAGUACAAAUUCUACAAAUACCUCCUCUUCUACAGCUCAAAUGACAACAACUUUAAAAACAUUACCUCCUAUAUUUACUACCUAUGAAACUGUAACCCCGUCAUCUAGAAGUACUGAAACAGAUACAACAAGUUCCAAAUCAUUAAUUCAAAGUAUUCCCUCUACAGUAACUGAUUUAGGGAUUGAAAGAUCGACCACAACAACCACACCAAAUACUGCAUUACCUUCCAAAACUACGCAAUUUGAAGCUACUUUAACGCCUAGUUCUUUUGUAACUGAUAUAGCUUCAAGUUACGAACCAUUAUCUUCAACUGACCCAUCAAAAGUAACUGAUAUAACAACUGUUACAACUGCGUCCGGGAUGGUAAAUAAUAAAGUUACGGCAAUGCCAAUUCCAUCAGAAACUGUUACUGUAACAAGCUCAUCACCGGAUACUACCUUAAGUUCUAAGGUAAAUGCUGUGCCAAUAAAUAAUAGUCCACCUACGUCUGAAGCAACUAAAAUACAGACGACAUCUAGACAAACAGAACCAGUUACUCAGAGCUCUGCUAGAUAUUCUCCCACUGGAACAUUAGUUCCCAUAACGACAUCAAUACCUAUAGUAAGUAUAGUAACUUCUCCUUAUUCUACAAUCCUAACCUCUACUCAAAUGUCACCUGAUACUAGUUCAGGAUCAACAAUUUUAGUAACGAAUGAGUCCCCGACAGAAUCAAUCGACACUCAAACAUUUCCUGACAUAUCUAUAGGAUCAACAUCAGUAACUACGAAAUUUCCAAUUCAACCUACUUUUAGUUUUUCAUCAACCACGACCUUAGUUGAACCUACGAUACAACAGUUUACUUUUACAGUGCCUAAUUCAGUAUCUACUGUAACAAAUGAAUCUAAAAUGAUAACUACGAAGCAGGAUAGAACUACACCAACUUUAAUUAUAACUCCUGCAUAUAGUCCAACUACAUUUGCAGAUUUAACUACACUGGACUAUACUACCACUGAAACAAUCCCCACAGAAAUAACAAAUUAUGCAUUACCUACAAAAGUAUUGACGACGUUUGAAUCUAUCUCCUCAACACCAGUACCCACCUCAAUUUCAGAAAAACUACCAAUUUUAACAUACAAUUCAACAUUACCAGAAUUAACACAAACAACAACUACGUUAAAACCAACUGUGCCUCCCUUUUCAAAAGAAGACCAAGCAGCUGGCCAAGUUUUAACUGGUGGGAAAACUCCUUCGACUAUAGUACCUUCUGACAAACCAAUUUCAUCAACACAAUCAACCCCACAUCCGACAUUGCCUGCUUCACCUACAACUAAAAGAACACCAAAACCAUCAACAUUAAGCUCUAUUAUAACAGCUAUAACGUCCAAUCCUAUUCGUACCUUACCACCAGCUCCAACCACCACAUUUAUACCUCCUUGUUUCACGUCACCGAAACCAACUUCAUCUACUUCGCAAUAUCCCAUAUUUAUUCGUACUUGCAGACCUGCUGAUAAUUUCCUUUACCCCGACAUCAAUAACUGCAGCUUCUACUAUCAAUGCGCUAAUGCCAGCAUGGAAAAAAAGAAGUGCAAAUAUGGAUACCAGUUCAACCCUCGAGCCUUGAAAUGUAUGCCGAGAAUAGAAGCAAACUGUCGCAUAUCAUUUUCAUCUCCGGCAAUAUCAAAUCCUUUCCAAUCAAAAUAUCUGGAAUAGAAUCUUCUACAACCACUUUGAACGCAUAGAUAACGAAAGAUUAUAACAGCAAUCAGAAACACAAAAAGUUUAUUUGCUACAAUAACAUACAAUAAAAUUGACACAA